AUGACAAAAAUUCAAGGCGGCAUUUCUGGAGUCGCGCCCGGCAUCUCUGAGCCGGAGCAGCUUUCCUAUCUAGGCAAUAUUAUCGGGCCUGACCACCCCUGCGGCACUGCGGCACUGCGGGUUCCCACUGCCGGAGCCGCCCAGAUCCCCAGAUCCAGCGCGCACACAUUGGACCUGGAGCUGUCUCAGUGGCCAGUUGCGCUAUUCGGUAUUUCGUCUCCAACAGAGCUCAAGGUGUCUGAGCUUGCGGACCCCGUGCCCAAAGAUGACGAGUAUUUGAUCGAGGUUCGCGCCGCUGCGACCAAUUUCUUCGACGUUCUCCAGAUUGCUGGAAAGUACCAGAACCAGCCACCUUUCCCAUGGAUUGCCGGCGCCGAGUUCGCUGGUGUCGUCAUCUCCACGCCCAAGGGGUCCAAGAACCCCAGGUUUCCCAAGGGAGCUCGGGUUUUUGGCGCGUCGCAGGGAGCAUACGCCACCAAGUGUGUUGCCAAGGAGGUGUCUAUGCUGCCUGUGCCCGAGGGCUGGUCGUUCACCGAGGCAGCCGGCUUGUUUAUCACCGCUCCCACCAGCUACGGCGCUUUGGUAGUCCGAGCCAAUGUGAAGCAGGGCGAUUUUGUUUUGGUUCACGCCGCCGCGGGUGGUGUUGGCUUGGCUGCUGUUCAAGGUUCGCUGCCCGUCUCUCCAAAGCCGACACAUAUCAGAACGCACCAUUUGGGAGCUAACGCCCUUUUUACAGUCGCAAAAGCGUUUGGUGCUACAGUCAUUGCCACUGCUUCCACGCCCAGAAAAUUAGAAGUUGCCAAGUCCUUUGGUGCAGACCACGUCCUCGAUUACAAGGACCCCGAGUGGCCUGCCAAAGUCAAGAAGCUGACGCCGAAGGGUCGCGGAGUUGACAUCGUCUACGACCCUGUUGGGCUGGUCGACAAGUCCACCAAGUGCACUGCCUGGAACGGCCGGAUUCUAAUUGUUGGUUUCGCCGGCGGCGCCAUCGAAAAAGUGGCCAUGAACAAGGUUCUUCUCAAGAACAUUUCUCUCGUGGGCAUCCACUGGGGCGCGUACAGCAUCAACGAGAGAGAAACCAUUCCCGUCGUAUGGCAGGGCAUCACAAAGCUUGUCAAGGAGGGCAAGCUUCGGGGAACAGAAUUCACAGACGAGGAGUUUGUCGGAUUAGAUAGAGUCAAGGAUGCGCUGGUCGCGUUGUCGGGGCGUGGGACUUGGGGAAAGGUUGUUGUCAAGGUGCCACAAGAAGGCGGUAGCCGUUUGUAA